UGGAGUCAACUGCACACAUCUAUAAAAGUCGGACUAAGUGUGACCUACUAAACAAAUCAAUUUCAAAGGGAAGUAAUUCUACCAUACAAAUUACAUAAGUUACCGUUCUUAGCCGGUUGAUAAUUUACUGCGGUACUUGUUUUACCAAUACAAACAUCAUGGCGAACAACGGAACACGUCCUUACGAUACAAACACUUCAUCUCAAGAACAAGAUGCUAACUCUGCCUUGAUCGAGUUAGACAAAGGCUUGAGGUCCCAGAAAAUCGGAGAUCAAUGUGAGGCUGUGGUGAGGUUUCCGCGGCUGUUUGAAAAAUAUCCCUUCCCGAUUCUCGUAAAUUCAGCUCUUUUGAAAUUGGCUGAAGUAUUCAGAGCAGGGAGCAAUUUCAUUCGGUUAUGCAUCCUCCGUGUGACACAGCAGGCUGAGAAACACCUGGACAAAGUACUCAAUGUUGAUGACUUCAUACGGCGCAUAUUUUCUGUUAUACACAGCAAUGAUCCAAUUGCUCGUGCCAUUACAUUGCGAACACUUGGAAGUGUUGCCAGUAUCAUCACUGAGAAAACUACAGUGCAUCACAGCAUAGUGGUUAGUCUUGAUUCCCAUGAUGCUAUUGAAGUGGAUGCAGCAGUCUAUGCUGCCCAGAGAUUUGCAGCUCGCUCCAAAUUGUUUUCAGCAAGUAUCUGUGAUCGCAUUGCACAGAUGAUUGAAAAAGUUGAAACCCCUAUGGAACUAAAACUACAACUGAUACCAAUUUUGCAGCAUAUGCACCACGAUGCUGAAACUGCUGCUAAGGCACGAACAGUCUGCCUUCUGUUGUUAAAAAGCUAUCCCGCUAAAAGAUUUGUAAUGCUCACCCUCCACACUAUGUCCAAAUUGGCUAUACAUGCUUUACUAGACAUUACACAGCAAAUCUCUUUAUUAUUAAACUAUCUGGAAAACGACCCCCGUAAGACAGUGAAAAUCAUGGUGUUGAAAGAUCUGCAGAUGUUGGCUCGUAAGACUCCACAUUUGUGGAUAGCUGAAAAUGUUGAGGUUUUGUGUCGAUUUGUCUUGAAAACGCCAUUUGUUACUUUGAAGGAAGGUGUAUUAUACGUGUUGACAGAACUGUCAUCUUCAAUCAGUAUGGACCUGCUUCCUUUCACUCUUAAAGACUCUGCUCUGUUGAAAGUUUGUCAGGAAUAUAGCUACCAUGAAAAUGUUUCUGUGGCUGCUAAAACUGUGCAACUGAUGACACAUCUUGCUACUCACUCAGGCUCAAAAGAGCAAAAUAAUAUGGAUCUAAGGGAUGAUGUAAAAGCUGCUGCUCAGACUCUUAUUUUAUUAUCCAGUAUGAACUCUUCCCAACAAUCUCAGGUGGCUCUCAAGUUGAGUUUAAAAUGUGCAGUGAAAAUGUGCAGCAAGUUUCCUGAACUGUGCAUUGAUUUUGUGGACACCAUGGCUAACUUGUUACAGUCAAAUACAGCCCAUUCUCUCUCAGAUGUUCAUAUGGCACUGGUCUGUGAUAGUUUGGCAGCUGUUGGUUCCACAAAUAGUGCAGCAUUGGAACCAAUAUUACCAAUCCUGAUGGAUAUUCUCUCAGCUGAGCAAGGAAACAUUAUUGAUCCUUCAGUGAAGGCUCGACUUUGCACAUUACUCUUUCUUAUGGCCCAUGGUGAAAACCUUCCUGAAGACCUGCAUAACUUGGUUAUGCAAGCAGCUCCACAGGGGGACGCCUGGCAAGCAUAUCGUGUUGUCCGUCAAGCCAUGCGUUACCAACAAUAUCACAUUGCUGUCCAUCUUCUCUGUUCUAUUAGGAACAAGGUGGCUUCUGAGCAUUUUUACUUUUGGCUGUCAGGGCUCCAUGAUCUAUGUCUUGGUGACAGCCUGCUGACUGGGGCUCUCAACAAGCCACACCAAUGUGACACUGGAACCACAAGCAUCAGCUCUGAAUCAACAAAGAACAAUCUGUCUUCAAUGAUUGGUGAGGCUUUAACUCAUUAUCAGCGAGGCAUUUCCCAACUUCAGGCUGCCACAACACAAAAUUUCCGUCUUCAGUUCCAGAGUGAAUACUGCACCUUGCGCUGUGAGCUUGUACAGUUACACCAGCACCUGUGUCAGACUUGUUCCACUUUCCAGACAUGUCCUCCUCCUGCAAUAGCCUCUGCCAUGGCUGUCACUAAUGCUCGUGACAUCAGUCGAUGUGGUCCUGUAAUCUCUCAGUUAUUAAAAUGCCAAAACAGCUACAGUAAUUUAAGUCAGAAAUUUUUGGAUCUCUAUCAGUCUUCAUUUGAUGCAGACCCUGCUUCCUUAGCUAAUAUGCAACUAUUAUACACAAGCAGUGAAUUAAUGAAGGCAGUUAUUAACACCAUCCUCACAGGGCAAACAAGGGAAACUUUAUCACUAGACAAGGCCAGCAGCUUCUAUGUGAAAUCACCUCAUUUGUGUCCAGUGAGUCGUUGCUUUGCUAAAGUACUUAAGACGAUUGCCCAAAACUUAAACCAGAUGGUUAGCAGUAACAACAACAACAACAAAUUGACACACCAGCACAUAUCAUUCCUGUAUAAUUCCAUCAAGCAGCUAAUCCAGACCUCCAUUGGUUACCCCAGAUAUUUCUUCCAGACAUUACAAACAACACAAGUUAAGCUGGCUAUCUCUCCUCAGCCACACAACUCAACUGACCCAGUGUUGCUACAGCAAGACACACAACUCACACUGAAAGUCGAAGGUGUUGUCCAGCAUGGUAAUCAACCAGACUUCUAUAGGCAAGUGCAUGCUGUCAUGGUCAACGUUACAUCUGUUUUACGCAGUCACAGCCAUGGGUCUGCUGCCACACUUGCUGCUAGUGGAAAGAAGAUUCAAGAUGUACCACCUGUGAAACUGAGUAAAACCUUGGAACCCCAGAACGACUAUUUCAGCUCUAGUUUCCUUAUUGCUCUGCCACUGCCAGGAUUCUACAACCUUACAAUCAAAGCUCUGCUUAUUGACACCGAUGGACUUAUUUGGAAGACAGGUCCUCGUAUCACCAUGUCAGUGAAGUGCUUUGAUGACAUUAUGCAACGGCAGCAGGUGAUGAGGAGCAUGUCAUGGACAACUAGUUAGUGUUAGACUGUCCUCUCCAAAAGCGGCUACUAUAGCAAGGGAGAUAACUGGGUAAUAUUUAUAAGGGGAUACACUUAAAAUACUCCAGAUCAGUGAUUGUGAACGUAUGAUGUAUGUGUCAGUAGUGGCACACAAGAAACUUUGGAAAAUAAUCUCCUUGCAAUUUGCUAUCAUGUUAUAAAAAGCUUACUUGUAAGCAUUUACAUAAAACCAAGAUACAUGUAUAUGUAUAAGUGACAUUCCAAUAACAGGAUUAUUAAAGGAAUUUUAAUUUCUUUAAAAUUUCAACAUGCUUGGCUAAAAAAAAAUGGUUUGCUGUCACUAUUCUUGAUCAAGUUUUGAAAUGAAACGUGGUUCUGAUCCUGUAUGGACAGAAAGAAUUGUUUGCUGGCCAACAACUAAUGUAUGGUUCUAAUAUGGACUUUGUGAUGGACAUAUGUUGCUUUAAGGUACUGUGUUCUGAUCAAUCUCACUAACAAUACUGCACUAAGUAUUUUCAUAGUUAUCUUAUAUUGCUACUACACUUUGUUAUAGUAGAUUGAAGUUAUUAUACGUGUUGCUCAAACUGACUGAUGGUACAAUAUGUUUAUUGUGCAAUAGUAGUUGGUACUACAAAUUUUAAUUUGUUGAUGGUGAUAUUACCUAGUUUUUCUUAAUACCUGAAUGGUGGCACCACAGUAUUAUAGCACUAUAAUGUUGAAAGGUAAUGUUAUUGUAGUAAAGUAAAUGUUAUCACAUGUUACCUUAACAUAGAUAUUUUAUAAACUUUAACCAACAUUGGAUAGUUGCCACAUGACCUUCCUAUUAACUGUGGAUUUCAUUUGGAAUUAAUACUGUCCAUUGUAUCAAAGUUAUCUAAAAACAGCAAAUGUCAUUCAAGCUGCCUGCAAACAGGCUAUUUAAAAAUUUCCCGCAAUACUUGGACAGUGUGCUACCCACCAUGAACAUGUGGUAUUGAAAUUGUUUGGCAACACUACAUGUCACUAGUGUUAACCAAGUAUGCUACAUAAUAUUAAAACUGACCAAUAACUUGUCAUUAAAGUUAACCAUCAAUAUUACAUGCCGUUUAAGCUGAUCAAAAGCACAACAUGACAAUAGAGCUGUUAAGUAACAUCACAGCAUGUUUGAGUGCUCAAGUUGAAUCAAAAAGUAACUGUGGUUUUACUGCUGAAAUAACUUAUUCAGCAGAGAAAUCAAACAAUUGAAACUAUAGCUAUUUCCCUAAACUUUCAGUUGUCCUGUUUAUCAUCACUAUCACUAUCAACAUCUACCAUCAUCAUCAUCAUCAUUGUGGUCAUCCUUAUCACUAUGAUUACUAUAACUUUCUUCAAAUGUUUGUAAAUUGUUGUUUUCAUGGUACACAAAUUAUAUGAGCUAAUUGAACAAGGUUGACAUGGAUGUUCAUUGUAGCAUGUUCAGUUUUAGUGUCUCACAGUCCUGCAUUAGGAAUUUAAUUCCUCUAGGGUUGUUGACAUAAAUACCAGUAAUAUAUUAGAAUUUCAAUUGUCAGUACUUUUCCCUUACAAAAUAUUGGUCUUGUAUUCAGUUGAAACAAAUCUUUAAUUAGACAUACAACAUUAAAGGAAUAACAGAACACGGAUUAAAGCCACAUGGGUUGACUAUUUUUUGUAUUCCUCUGGGCUGAAGUUGUGAGAUAAAUACCAGUCACAUAUUGUGGUCACUUCUUUUGACUAUACUUGACUGUUCUUCUUUAGAUAUUUGUCUAACCAUAUACCAAUGUAAGAAAUCGUUAUACAUAGACAUACCAAGCAGUGAAGAUACAGAAUGGAAGCUUUAACACAAGCAUUUACAGUGUUCAUAUCUGGCUCAAAUAUCCCACUUGUUUUAUGUUUAAACCAGCCAGAUAUGGCCCCUCACACCUACCUACAGUGUCAUUCUAGAAGUAAACAAUCAUACCAUUGAAAUCUUGAAGCUAUGAGAUAAUCCAUGAUUAAUUCAAGCCAGUUCAAUAAAUAAGGAUUACUUUUGAUACAUGAACCUGAAUGCUAAAGAGUUAAACAUAUUGAGUUCAGUUUUUAACUAUAAGCUUUCCUCCGAGAAAAAUGAAAAAUAAAGGUUUAUCUUAUAUGUAGUUAACAGAAACUAUUAUUCAGAUGCACAUCUUUACUACAUCAUCAUAUUUAUCCAGCUGCCCAUUGAAAGUAAAACAAGGAUUCUAUUUUAUAAGUUUAGCUAAAUUUACUCUGUAUUAAAUAUUAAAGCUGACAGUGGCAGAAAGUAAACAAAACAAAAAUUAAUCUAUGUAUGUUAUUUUCUGUAUUAUCUCUCUACAUACACUAUAUAUAUAUAUAUAUAUAUAUAUAUAUAUAUAUAUAUAAAUGUGUAUGUGUAUAUGUAUGUAUUUAUAAAACAUUAAUUUCAUGAUUGCAUUUAACAUGUUGAAUAAAAGUUAUGUUUAAUUACUGA